AUGAUUCGACCUUUGCGCCAUGUGAUUGAAAACCCUUCAACAUGCAGCUUCUAUCAUGCAGCCUAUGCAGCCAAUGCUAAGCUUGCAUUAGGCUCUGUUCAAAUGGACAAAAUUGUACUCGACAAUACUUUUGCAGACAUCAGUACGACUUUGAAUGAGUCUAUCUCUUGCUUGCGGAUUGUUUCUAACCUUACUGAAACGAUGCAAGGCGAACACGCAGAACAAGCGCUUUACAAUCUAUGCAAAAGUAUUGGUAGCUUUCUUCAAAGUGCCAAACGAUUAUUUCAGUACAUUUCAGAUACUCGACAGUCUCGAUCACCUUCAGCUGGAAAGGAUUUUGGACAAUGGAAUGGCCUUGUCGCUUAUUUAAACGGUGUGCUUCAGCAGUGCAGCGAGACUUUGCCUACCAACUUAUGCUUUACAAAGACUUCGAAACGGUCUAUUUCACAAUCAGACAUCAUUGUAUCCUUCAUUGAUAUCAUGAUCUUACUUUCUCGUAUGCAGUUCGAUGUUCAGAACCAAGAUAGUUACCAGUUGGCUUACGAAUAUCUCUCUACGGCUGAACAAAUGUGCGCUGAAAAACGAUUCAACACAGGCUAUCGAUGGCUCUCGGGUGCUUACUAUAGUUUGGGUACUGCUAUGAUCAAGACAGAUGACUACCCACAUGCUAUCUAUCCUUUACGCAAGUCUAGUUCAUUACUUGAAAAAGACGUAGACAGAGCCAAUACAGAAGAAGGUAAACUCCAGUUAUGCAAACGAUACGAAGUUCUUGGUCUCUGUUGUCAUAAAAACAAAGACUAUGAAGAUUCAAUCAAAGCCUAUCGUCUUGCCUUGAAACGUAUUCCUCUCACUACGAUAAGGAAGUUUGUUCGUCAAUCCGAUACAACAGCUGUGUCUACGAUCAUUGAACGUGAAAUACUGAUACCCAAACUGAUGGACCGCUUUUUACGUGCUGCUGUUACUGAUCCUGACAUGGUUAGCAUUCAGUUUGCUAGUGAAUUUGUCAAUAUGACUGGACUCGAUAUCUUGGAACAAUGUAUCAUUUAUGAAUGUGAACUCAAAGUAUGGCAUACUCUCUCUUUAAAGAUGAAUGUUGCCAAAUACCAAAUGGCUAUUGUCAAGAAACUAUUACAAGUCUAUGAUCCAUACCAACAUCCUAUUCGAAGAGCCCGU